AUGAGGUCCUCGAGCCUGCGAUGGAUCCUGAGCCUGGCCCUCCUGUCGAUCACCCUGCUAGACGCGCAUGGGCGGUCCUUACUGCAGGGCGGGCCUGUGUGCGACUCGAAAGCUGCGCCCUCCUCCUCCACAGGGGGCGCCCAGGAUGUCGCCAACUUCCGCGCCAACCUGAACGCUUCGUACCUGCCUUUGCCAUCCGACGUGACCUUCAAUGGCAUCAUCAAGGACUACUACUUUGACACGACCGGCGAGACGUCCCAGCUCUGCACCGAGCUCUUCUGCCCGAUCUACUCCAUUGGCACUUCGCCCCAGCCGGCCCUCGUCCAGGCGGCAGAUGGGCCAGACUCCCGAACGAACGCCAGCGAUCUGUAUAUGGCAGUUGGCCUGGAUUCCGGGAUCCAGGCCGAUCAAUUUUCGCGCAAGAAGCUGAACCUGGUGCUCCUGCUCGACGUCUCAGGCAGCAUGGACAGCCCCUUUAAUAACUACUACUACGAUCAGGUGCAGGGAAGGGUCAAGCGUGUGAACUAUGGGAACUUGAGCAUUCGCCAUGUGCACUCAGUCGUGUUUGGAGUGCAGCAGAACCUGACGGAUGAAGAGCAGCGCAAGACCAAGAUCCAGGUGGCACAGGAAGUGCUGACCGGCAUUCUGGACCUCCUCGGACCGGAGGAUCGGGUCUCAAUCGUCCUGUUCUCCACUGACGCCUGUCAGCCGCUGCCGCUGGGCAAGGUUGGGUGCCUGGACGUGAAGGCCCUCAAGGCAGACAUUGAGAGGGAUGUCAAGGCGACCGACUCGACCAACACUGGGGCUGGCAUGAAGCUGGCCAUCAAGACAUUGGAGGAGUGUGAGGCCUGUUUGUCUGCAGACCCUAAUGAGUGGGAGAACCGGAUCGUCCUCAUGACUGAUGCGCAAACCAACGAAGGCGCAGUGGAAGAUUCGGAGCUGAAGAGCAUUCUGGAGGAUGCCGCUGCCAAGGGCAUCUACUUCACGAUCGUCGGCAUCGGCCUCGACUUCCAGACCACCCUGGUGGAGCUCAUCACCCAAGUCAGCGGCGCCAACUACUUCUCCGUGCACUCUCCUGGGGAGUUCCAGAAGCUCCUGGUGUCCCAAUUUAACUACAGCGUCACCCCGCUCGUCUUUGAUUUGACCCUGGAGAUCCAGAGCCCCCUGGGCCUGGCCUCAGAGGACGGCUGGCGCAUCCUGCAGGCGUACGGCUCGCCCAACAACGACUCGACCCUUACUCCGGAUGGAAAGAUUCUCAGCGUCAAGACGCUGUUUCCCAGCCCCAAGGAGGAUGCAGCCAUCAAGGGCGGCGUGGUGCUGGUCCGCAUGCUGCGCCCCGCGGCCGCCAACACCCCUCUCCAGCUGGUGGCCAGUUACCGAGACCGCACUGCCUUUGUGAGGAAGCGGCCGGCCUCCAACACGACCAGGACCGUCCCUGCUGGGGAUUUAGGCGCCACGGGACCAGGGGCCAGCUACCAGUCCAGCGGCGUCAGGAAGGCCAUUCUGUUGGCGCGCUACACCGACCUCCUGCGUGGCUGGCUGGUGGACCAGUGGCAGGUGGCCAGCAACGCCACCGGCCCCUUGCCCAUCCCGCCGACCCUGUGCCCCGGCUUCCCCACCCUGUUCUGCCCGGGGCCCCAGCUGGAGCCCCUGUCCUUCCUGGCCAGCUUGAGCGGGCAGGUGAGGGACUGCGGGCUGGAGCGCUGGGUCGCGCCCCGGGCCUGCAUCAUCCCCGUCCCCGACGUGGUCAUCGCGCCGCGGCUGGGGGAGUGGGAGCGCCAGAGCUCCCCGCUCAAGAUCUCUGCGGACGCGCGUCGGGCGUUCCAGGAGUUCCUGCCCUACUUCCAGGCCGAGGCCGCCGCGCUGGCUGACGCCUCGCUGGACCAGGAGGUCGCCGUCCUCGAGCAGCUCAUCGCGCUGCCCGUGUCCUAG